UACAGCGGCCGUAUAAAUUCCUGAGUGUGCGCAGAUUGCAUCCUCAGAGGAGAAUGGAAAAGGAGGAGGAGGUGCAGGAGCAGAAAAACAAGCGAACCAAGGGAGCGUAGCUAUAGCUGUGUUUACUGUUCACUGGGAUAAACGCAGGAGAGACGCAGACUUCCAGUCUAUUCACGGCUGAGAAACCUCGGAUGCAGAUAGGAGGAGAAGGAGGAAUCUGUAAUUGUGCAGACAAAACCAGAAAAGAAGAAGUAUUAGGUUGCUAUUAUCAGAUUCUAUCUCUAAACUUAAGUGGGGAAAGCGUAACCAGCGAUGGACUUCAGCUGUAAGCAUUGAGGCUCCCAGUUCUCGAGUUGUUCGGAUGACCGCAGUCCCUCAUGGCACUAAUUCAUGAACCUCGCGCCCCUUCACCCUCUCUCUCCGGCUUCAGCACACCCCUCUCCGAUCCUCCAUCCUUUCGGCGGCUCGAUGCCGAAACACCCUGCACCCCAGAAAUGGACUUGACCCCGACCCAGUGCGUCCUUCGCAACGUCCUCUCCAUAGAUACCGGGGGCGCCGUGGAGCCUGGGGGUGGAGGAGGAGAAGGGCAGACUUCUGGGCAAAACCAAACACCGAGCGAGGAACAACAAGAACACUUUGCCAACAGUGUCCUGAAGCUCCACGAGCAUGAUGGGAGUCCUGGAAGGACAGAGGGAGAGGGGCAGGAGACGGACAGCAGCGCGGUCAGGAGCCAGGCGGACGAUGCCAGGCUACAGUGCCAGCCUAAUGGAGGGGGAGGAGGGUUUCUGGAGGGGUUGUUUGGGUGUCUGCGGCCUGUCUGGACUAUGAUUGGCAAAGCCUAUUCCACAGAGCACAAACACAACCUGGACGAGGCAUGGGAAGUCCCAUUUGAGGAGAUAUCGGACCUGCAGUGGGUGGGCAGUGGAGCCCAGGGUGCCGUCUUUCUCGGCAAACUGCACGGACAGGAAGUGGCUGUAAAGAAAGUGCGGAACAUCAAAGAGACAGACAUCAAGCAUCUACGCAAGCUCAAACACCCCAACAUCAUCACUUUCAAAGGCAUCUGUACCCAGGCUCCAUGUUACUGCAUCAUCAUGGAGUACUGUGCCCAGGGACAGCUGUACGAGGUGCUCAGAGCAGGCAGGAAGAUAACUCCAUCACUGCUGAUGGACUGGGCCAUGGGUAUUGCAGGCGGCAUGAACUAUCUUCACCUCCACAAGAUCAUUCACAGAGACCUCAAGUCACCAAACAUGCUGAUCACCUACGAUGAUGCAGUGAAGAUCUCUGAUUUUGGCACGUCCAAGGAGCUCAGUGACAAGAGCACCAAGAUGUCCUUUGCUGGUACGGUGGCCUGGAUGGCUCCUGAGGUCAUACGUAACGAGCCUGUCUCAGAGAAGGUUGAUAUUUGGUCAUUUGGCGUCGUGCUGUGGGAGAUGCUGACAGGAGAGGUGCCCUAUAAGGAUGUGGACUCCUCUGCUAUCAUCUGGGGAGUGGGCAACAACAGCCUGCAGCUGCCUGUACCUGAUAGCUGCCCCGACAGCUUCAAACUGCUCCUGAGGCAAUGUUGGAACUGCAAGCCAAGAAACCGGCCUUCAUUCCGACAGAUUCUCCUCCAUCUGGACAUCGCCUCAGCGGACAUCUUAUCGACCCCACAAGAAACUUACUUCCAAUCCCAGGCGGAGUGGAGGGACGAGGUUAGGCACCACUUUGAGAAGAUUAAGUCAGAGGGGACGUGUCUUCACAGGCUGGACGAGGAGCUGAUCAAACGACGCAGAGAAGAACUGAGACAUGCGCUGGACAUCCGGGAGCACUACGAGAGGAAACUGGAGAGAGCCAACAAUCUGUACAUGGAGCUCAACGCUAUCAUGCUGCAGCUGGAGAUCAAAGAGAAAGAGUUGCUCAAGAGGGAGCAUUCACUGGACAAGAAGUACCCGGGCUGCUUCAAGCACCACAGUUCCAGACAAUCAGCCUCCUCCAACUCAAUGGAGAAGCUCAUGAAGAAACGCAACGUACCUCAGAAACUGCCCUCACACAGCAAAAGGCCAGACUUACUUAAGUCAGAGGUCAUUCUUCCCAAACUGGACUCAUCCAUGACCCAGGUCACGAUACCCAAUAAGGGCUCUACCUCCCCUGGCCGCUCACGCAGAGGAAAACCCCGCUACAGGAAAGCUGGCAAAGGCAGCACUGGGGACUUGGCUCAGUUGAAAGCCACCCUUUCCUCUUCUUUAGCAAUGGUCAACGCCACCUCAUCUGUUCCCAGCAGCAAGCAGCAUCUAGAUCCCAGUGCAGCCCUCAGGGGUCUGCAGCAUGACCUCCUGCUGAAAAAGAUGUCCUCCUCCAGUCCUGAUCUCAUUUCAACCACCCUGGAGGCUGAAGGCCGGAGGAAGGGCCAGGUGAGGCCAGGGCUGGACAGAGCAGGCAGUCAGAGUGCCUCAGCUGGGCUGGGGGAGAGCAGAAGGACUGGAGGGUCGGAGGAGGUCCCAGACGUGGGUGUAGGGGCCGAUGACCUUGCAGAAACACCUCCACGCAGUGACACGCCCAGCGAAGAUGCAGCCUCUAUUCCGUUCUCCAGCAGCCCCGACUCACCGUGUGGCAGGGGAGCAGCUGCAGGGAGGGCGUCUGUUCUCGGGAACCCCCGUGUUCCUCACGAUGGUGAGGAGAAGGAGGAUGGGACAGUGAUCACACGCUCACCCAGAAGUCAACGCCUCACACCUGCAGCACUGCUCUACAGAGCAGCAGUCACACGCAGUCAGAGACGCGGAGUGUCAUCAGAAGAGGAGGAAGGAGAAGUGGACAGUGAAGUGGAGUUGCCAAGAAGACGGCGUCCUGUGAGCAUGAGCAAAUGCCAGUCCCUGUCAACCUUCAGCUCAGAGAACCUGUCAGUCUCAGACGGCGAAGAGGGAAACACCACCGACCACUCCCACAGCGGCACACCUGACGUGGUCAGCACCAACACCGACGAACGUCUGGAUGACAAGAGCGACGACCUGCUGUCUCAGGGCUCGGAGAUUCCCGCGGACCCAUCUGACCCGACCCAGCUGGGCUCCGAUGGAUUGUCUGAGAAGGAGGCUGUUCUUCGCCAAGUCAAGACCCAGCUCUCUAGUAAUGACCAUAAUUAUGAGGGCCUGUAUGAUGACUCGGACUGUGACAGCACUGAGCUGGACCAUUCAGGCAGUGCGGAGCCCAGCCACCCUCCAACCAACUGGUGAAAACAUUACACCUCAGCCCACUCAAACACCCGCAGAUCUGGCCUCUGAAUGCCUCUUUCACUCUUACAAUACACUGAGUAAUGAUCAGGGACAUCACAUCAAAGCAGGAAAUGAAGAUUCACCUCCCUCCUCACAUGCACACAAAUCAAAUCCUCGGAAGAUUGGUGAGUGUUGCUCUCAAAAACCUGACAUCCUGGAAAGAACUGACAAAUCCCGCUCCUUUUGGGAGAAAUCCAUCACGAGGAUGUGAAACUGAAACGGGGCGCUAGCCGAGCUGACAGAGCGGCAGCCCACUCUGUUCCCUCCAUAGCAACAAACCCAAGAUCAGCUUUGCAAAAACCCUUCAAAUUACACCUCAGCGACAGAGGCCUCAGUUAAAAGAGGCCAUCUACGACUGUCUAUUAAUGUCUCUCGUCACUUCCAUGUCGGUUUGUAUUUUUAUCUCCGUCAUGAGAAUUUGUGUCAUGUUUUUUCAAAACCGUGUCAUAUUUCUGCAAAAUGUCAUGAUAUUAGAACAUUAUGAAAUCCUAUCAGGGCUUCUAUAACGUUUUUAGUAGUCAACAUUACCAGAACAGCUGUUAAUGUUGCUGCUUGCACUUAAUUUAUGAAAUGUACUGAUUUCCUCAUGAUCAUCGUGUUAUAUCUUCUCAAAACAUUAUGCACUAAUUUAUUGUUAUUUUGCAGCGAAUUCAUUGAUAUUUUAAAA